CACCUCCGCCGGGAUGGCGAAGAAGACAUCGAAGGUUCGGCUCCAAAAGGAGCUCAAGGCGUUCGUCGCCGACCCGCCGCCCUACAUCCCGCGCGUGCACGUGAACGAGAGGAACAUACUGGAGUGGCACCUGCUCAUGGAGGGAUGCCCCGACACCCCGUACGAGGGCGGAUGGUACGUCGCCAAGCUCAAGUUCCCCGCCGAGUACCCGUUCAAGCCCCCAUCCAUCUUCAUGUGCACCCCUUCCGGCCGGUUCGCUACGGGCACGCGGCUGUGCCUGUCCAUGUCGGACUUCCACCCGGAGAGCUGGAACCCCGGGUGGAGCGUCGCGACGGUGGCGAAAGGGCUGCUGAGCUUCAUGUGCGAGGAGGCGGUGACGACCGGGGCGGUGGUGACGACGCGGGCGGAGAAGGAAAAGUUGGCCAAGGAUUCGGUGGCGUGGAACAUGAAACACGGGGGGUUCUUGAAGAUGUUCCCGGAGCUGGACGGGGGGUUGGACGCGAUCGCGGAGGUGGGGAAGAAGGGGGGACGCGAGGGCGAGGAAGGGAGCGACGCGGGGGGGCUGGCCGCGAAGGUCGACUCGCUCGGACUGGACUGACGACGCGACGAUCGAGAGUUUGAUUUCAUAAUUUUAGAGUCGCCUU